AUGAUAUCAGAAAGUAAGAUAUUGUUCCUGACAGUGAGAAGACGUUCUGCUGCAGAAAAAUUUGAAUUUUGGGAGAUACACUUUGCAUCACUUCAUUGUACAGACCACAACAUGGACACUGAUGAGGCCUCAGGCUGCACGGAACAGCUAAAAGCAAGACCAUAUCAAGCUCAACUUGAAGAAAUUGCAAUCAAUAGUAAUACUAUCAUAUAUUUACCGACAGGAUCUGGGAAGACAUUUAUCGCAAUCUGUUUGAUCAAGAGAUUUAGAGAAGCAUUAAAAAAACCAUGGGGCGAGGGUGGCAAACGGACAUUCUUCCUUGUCAAUAACAUACCACUUGUAAAUCAACAGAAGAAAGUCAUAGAAAGCCUCUGCUCUCUUACCGGAGUAGGUGGGUAUAGUUCCGAAGAUGGCGUGGAUUAUUGGGAUAAGGCGAAAUGGGAUGCUGAACUUAGAAAAAAUCAGGUCAUCGUAAUGACUAGUCAAAUUUUGUGUGAUAUGCUCACUCAUCAAUAUAUAAGGAUUGAAGAUACUAACCUGUUGAUAUUUGAUGAAUGCCAUCAUGCCGUUGAAGAUCACCCUAUGCGUAUUAUUAUGAAACAUUUUGAAGACUGUCCAAAAGUGAAACAACCUCGAGUUCUGGGUUUGACAGCAACUCUUCUAAAUGCUAACGUAAAAUUGAACAAAGUUGAGGAAACACUACACGAUCUGGAAAUAACAUUCCAUGCUACUAUAGCGACGGUCGAUGAGCUCGGCCAAGUAUUAAACUACUCCACGAAUCCUCACGAAAUGGUUCAAUUCUAUAAGCCAGCAACUGUUACAACGGAGUCUCAAAUUGUUAUUAAGAAAUUAGAAGCCUUACAGGAUGUAGUUAUAAACGUCGCUUUACCUGCAAAUCAGAAAAAACAUUCAGUGAAAUUAAAACAUGGUCAACAUGAUAUCAGUAGCGACCCAAUGAAGAUACCGAAGAGUGUCAAGAAUAUGAUAGGAUCAAUGAUUAUGUUCAUAAAAGAACUUGGCAUGUAUGGAGGCUCUUUGGGCAUACUAGCUUAUGUAAUAUUACUUGAGCGCUUAAAGAGAAAAGCAAGCACCAAGGAAGAAGAAAAUCUGUAUAGAAUCGUUAUAACACAUUCUGUUAAUGCAAGACAAAUUUUACUAUUGGCGAUGAAAAAUGAGACUGGGUACAACAAAAUCGUAAAACAUUCGUCAGAACAAGUCCUGCUCCUUCUUAACAUAUUAAAAGAGUACAGUCCUAAAGUGAUGGACACUCCAGGAGUGUUAUUAAAAGUUAACAAAAACAGAGAACGACUAUCUUCAAUAAUUUUCACUAAACAGAGAUUCACAGCGAAAGUGUUAUUCAAUCUUUUAAAAGAUGUCAAGGAGGCUAAUCCAGAAGAGUUCGGCUUUUUAAAACACGAUUUUAUUGUUGGCUUUAAUAUUAACCCAACAAAUUGUACUCGAGAGGAACAUUAUGUCAAAAAGUACAGUCAACAAGCGCUUUUGAAAUUUAAAAACAAUGAUCUUAACUGCUUAAUAUCAACAAGUGUUAUAGAGGAGGGAAUUGACAUACCGCAGUGUUUGUUAGUAUUGCGCUACGACCCACCACUUGAAUACCGCUCUUACAUACAGAGUAAAGGUCGUGCAAGGAGUGCUAAAUCAAAUUAUGUUAUUUUGAUCAACAAAGAAGUUGAAAAGAAAUUCAUGAAAAAUUAUGAAGAAUUUCAGUCAACGGAGCGACUGAUACAAAGGAUUUUAAUUGGCAACAGUGAAGAUAGAGAUGAACCUGCAAGCGAAGAAGUGCAAAAUCAACUUUAUGGGGAAGGAGACAUACCUCCUUAUCUAGCUCCUAGCGGAGCUCGAUUGACUUGUGUGUCAGCUGUAAGCUUACUCAAUCGUUAUUGUUCAAUGCUGCCUACUGACCAAUUCACGGUUAUCACACCAAUGUGGAUUCAUGAAAAAGUGCGCCAAGAUAAUUUCGUAUACGAUCAAGUUACUAUUCUAUUGCCAAUUACUAGCCCCAUCAAGGAGGGAAUAAAGGGUAUGUGUCAAAAGAAUUUAAAGUCCGCAAAGCGUUCAGCAGCAUUGAACGCUUGUAUCAAAUUACACGAAGCUGGGGAGUUAGAUUCUGGAUUGCUGCCUAUACGAUACACGUCCGUAGAUUUUGAUGAAGAUAAUGUAAAAGAAAUUUUUACCAAUUGGCGAGAAGAAGAUGGUGGUGAUGAAGACGACUGUACUGCUGUUGCCGUCCCUGACCCAAUACAAAAAGUACAUAAACCUGGUUCUAAGAAGCGAAUUCGCAAACAUCAAAUACAGUUUCCGACUCAUCUAGAUAGCGUGCCAGACGAAGACACAUUUUAUCUCCACGUCAUUAAAUUGAAAGCUGAAUUUGAAGAACCUGCAGAUUCUCGGGAGAGAGCCUUGUAUCAGUUGCUCGGUAGGAAAGAAGGUUAUGGGUUCUUGACCCAAAAAUCUCUACCUCACCUGUGUAAAUUCCCAACGUAUAUGACAGUCGGGGAAGUGGAAACGUCGAUAGAAGUUAAUUACGCUGCCAUUAAACUAAAUGAAAAGCUCUUCACAUUAGUAAAGCAAUUCCAUUAUUUCCUUUUCGAUCAAGUAUUGAACGUGGUUAAAAAGUUUAUGGUGUUCGAGGGUAAAGUGAACUGCAUGUAUAUCGUGCCCAUUAUAGAUGACAAUGGAUACUCUAUCGACUGGAAUACUAUGACUUCACAUGAUACUAUAGCACCAGUACAACAAAUUUCUGACGAGGAGCGAAUUACGUUGAAUGUUACUCCCGAGAGUUACAAAGAUUGCAUUGUGACUCCAUGGUACAGAGGACUGCGCGACAGGUACAUUGUCUCAAGAGUGCUAGAACAUAAGACGCCAGAUUCUUCGUUUGAACAAGAAGUGUACCUAUCAUAUAGAGAUUACUAUUUGGAUAAAUAUAAACUAGAGGUCAUCGGCCCAAAAGAUCAACCGCUGUUAGAGGUACGAAAUAUAAGCUCAAGAAUGAACUGUCUAUUGCCUAGGGCGGCAACGAUCAGGUCCUUUACGGAUAAACAACGGAAGCAAAUAUCGGCUUCACAAGGUGACGACAAAAAUAGGGGCUUUACUGAAACCUUUGUACCUGAAUUCUGUAUCAAGUACGACUUCCCUGGCGUUUUGUGGUACAAGGCAAUGAUGUUGCCGAGCAUUUGUCACAGAAUAUUUAUGCUUUUGACGGCUCACGAACUUUUGACUGAAAUAUCAAAGGACACAAAAUAUGGAUCACCACUCCGUUCAAGAAGCGAAGAGUGGCUGCCGGUGUCAGCAAAUAUGCAAGUUGCCAUACAUUCCCUGCUAUCACAAGUUGAGGAGCCAACUCAGAUCAAUUCCGUUGAUAGAAUAAACAAUCCGGCAGAUGAAGAAAAGAGACGUCCUAACAUCCUAUCUAUGAAGGAGAGUUUGUACCAACUACAACAGAAAAAACUGAACAAAGAAUUUCCUUGGGAUGUGAAAAGCGAACCAAUAGAUAUCGACCGUAACCUUUCAACAGUAACGGUGAUGGACGUGGAAUGUUACGAUGAGUUUGUGUCGGCACCUGUUGUUCCUGCAAUGUCUAGAUCAGAAGUACAUUCGCUGCCGCGCAUCGUCACUUCUGCAGCUAUAUCUGCACCGCCUGCUAAGUACAACGAUAAACUUAAACUUCUUGACACAAAGCCUACAAACAGGGGCCCGGAGCUUAAAGACAUGUUAGCAGCACUCACAACAAUAAAGUCACACGACAGUUUCCAUUUGGAGAGGGCAGAGACUUUAGGGGAUGCUUUCCUUAAGUUUGCUGCCGCUUUAUUUUUGUUCCACAAGUUCCCCAAGAAAAACGAAGGCCAAUUGACGAAUAUUAAAGGUCGACUGGUUAGCAACAGGAACCUUUACUACGCUGGCGAGAAGUUCAACUUAGGAGGUCGGAUGAAGGUGGAGCAAUUUAGUCCGAGAAAAGACUUUUUGCUGCCUGGCUUCUUUGCGCCUAAAGAAGUUGAAGAAUUUUUAUUAGAAAAGAAGAAACUUGCAGAUCAGGCUCUUAAUAGAAAAAAUGACCUCGCGGUGUUGAAGUGUACAUGUUACAUAGUAUUUCUGAUUGAUGAUGAUGAUUUAUCCAUGUUAUUAUCAGACAAAAAGUAA